GGAGGCGCUGGGCGCGGACAAGCAGGGCACCUUCGGCGUGGACUGCGAGACCUACCACACCGCGGCCACCCUCGGCACGCAGGACGGGGAAGCUGAUGUACGUCAUGCACAACUCCGAGUACCCCCUGAGCUGCUUCGCCCUCUUCGAGAACGGGCCCUGCCUCGUGGCUGAUGCCAACUUUGACACCCUCAUGGUCAAGCUCAAGGGCUUCUUCCAGAACGCCAAGGCCAACAAGAUCGAGAGCCGCGGCACCCGCUACCAGUACUGCGACUUCCUGGUGAAACUGGGCACCGUCACCAUGGGCCCCAGCGCCAGGGGCAUCUCCGUGGAGGUGGAAUACUGCCCCUGUGUGAUCCCCAACGACUGCUGGAACCUGCUGAUGGAGUUCAUGCAGAGCUUCAUGGGCAGCCACACGCCCGGGAUCCCGUCGGUGUUCGGCUCCAAGCACGACAGCACCUACAGCCCCGGGGACACCAUGGUGCAGUACAUGGAGCUCUUCAACAAAAUCCGCAAGCAGCAGCAGGUGCCCGUGGCUGGCAUCAGGUGAAGAAAUUCCCUGCAGCUCCUGCACUCCCAAGUGGGCCACAGGCAGCAGCAGGAUUGCUUUUUUUAUCUCUCGUGAUCUUCCCCAUCUCAGAGUUUUCCGGUGUCCCGGGAGUCCUGCACGGUUUGGGAUUAUUGGAUUAUUGGAUUAUUGGAUCCAUGGUUUCGUGCUUUUUUGGACAGGGAAAAAAGAAAUUCCAGCAGAGCUGCUGUGAUUACAAACAGCUACAGAAGAAAUCGCCUGAAUUUCUGGUUUUUUUCUGAUUUUUUUCAAUUUUUUUUUUCUAUUUUUUCUGUUUUGGUGUUUUGCUGUAUUCCAUCCCAAUAAAACGCUGGGUUUUGGGAGGAGGAGUUGUCCCUGCACAGUGAGGGUUGUGCUGGUUUGUGUUGCUUCAGGAGUUUUAUGCCUCCAGAGCAAACAUUUCCCUGGGGAAAAAAAUCCAGGAAUUCUCACAUUUCCCUGUUCUUACCUUGCCUUCAUCCUCUGUAGCUGAUGGGAAUGUCAAAAUCUGCUGCCUCUCAGUGAAGGCUCUGGAUAAAUUAAAAAAUAAAAGAAAUAAUUCUCUCUAAGCAGGAGCUUAGAGAGAAUUCCAGCUGCUUUAUCCCAUUGUUUUUAAGGUAGGUAAUAAAUAUCCUGUCCCUGCACACCAUUUGAGGAAUCCUGAUGGCUUCAGGUUCCAUGGAAUAAGGAAGGAUUUGGGCAACAAGAGCCAAAAAUUCAUUAUCAGACAUAAUGAUAUCACUUCAAUAUAUUUUUUUU